AUGGGCGGUUAUUACAAAACAGAAACUUUGUUUUUCAUGUCUCCUGAUCACCAGACCAUGAAAUGCAGAGGAAGACGACAGUGUAACAUCAAUGGUUGUAAGCGUUCCCAUCAUCAGCUGCUUCAUAAAGAUACUCAAAGAUCAAUCGAAGAUACUGAUACCCAUUCAACACAGACAGAAUUUGAAAACAAUGAGAACGUGCUUGCAGUUGGACAUGGAGAAGGCAAUGUUUUGUUGAGGAUGGUGAAAGUGAAGUUGUAUGGAAACAACACUGUUUUGGAGACCGUAGCUUUAUGUGACGAAGCUUCUUCUGUGACUCUCGUAGACAAGUCAAUAGCUAACAGAUUGGGACUGAAUGGCACACCUCAACCGCUUUGCAUCCAAUGGACUAACAAUUUAGCCUCUCGCCAUGAAGAUUCAAGUUGUUUAAAUAUUGAUAUAUCGGGAGUAUUCGACGGAGCUAAGAUUUUCAAUAUGAAAAAUGUCAGAACAGUACAAAAUUUAGCUCUCCCCAUUCAAGAGAUCCGAAAAUCCGAUUGGGAAAGGUAUUCUUAUUUGUCAGGAAUUCCCUUCCACGAAAUAGGAGAACGCCCUAUGAUUUUAUUGGGUCAAGACAAUGUACGCCUCACUGUAGCCAGAAAAGUUAUUCAAAGCACCGACAAUCUUCCCAUUGCGACAAAAACCAAUCUGGGUUGGAUACUUCACGGAGGAAACUGUAUCAGACAAGAAAAACAGGUAUAUUCCUUCCACAUCUGCAGUUCUGGAAUGUCCGACGAUUCACUCCAUGAAAUGGUGAAACAAUCUUUUACCACAGAUGCCUUUGGAGUAGUUCCAAUGAAAACGAACGUGAAUAAAGCAGAACAGAGGGCUAUGGAGAUAAUGAAAAAUACAAUCAGACGUGUAGGAAACAGAUUCGAGAUAGGGCUGCUGUGGAAGGAAAACAACAUCCAUCUCCCAGAGAGCAAAACAAUUGCCAUUCAGCGACUGAGAUGCGUGGAGAAACAAAUACAGAAGGAUAGGGAAUUUGGGAAGCGAUACUCUGAGAAAAUAAGAAGCUACGUCGAGAAAGGAUAUGCAAGGAAGUUGACUCCUGCAGAAUGCAAUGAAGAAGGUCCUCGAUGCUGGUAUUUGCCGCAUUUCGGAGUAAUUAACCCCAAUAAGCCAAAGAAACUUCGUUUAGUCUUUGAUGCCGCCUCAAAAUCGAACGGAACCAGUCUGAAUGAUAAUUUACUAUCUGGCCCAGACUUGCUACAAUCAUUGGUGAAGGUAUUGAUUAAAUUUCGACAAAGGAGAAUUGGAUUCUGCAGUGAUGUCAGAGAUGUGUUCCAUCAAGUUAUGGUAAGAAAGGAAGACCAAAGCUCCCAGAGGUUUUUAUGGCGAGAUGGGGAUUCGAAUCGACAAUGGGACGUUUAUGAAAUGCAAGUUAUGACCUUUGGUGCCACUUGCUCCCCAACCUUUGCCCAGUUCGUAAAAAAUGUGAAUGCUGAGGAGUUAUCCAGCCAGAAAAAUGUUAUCGAUGCUAUAACAAAAAAACAUUAUGUAGACGACUAUCUUGACUGUACCGAUUCUGUAGAAGAAGCCUUGGAAACAAUCUCCGAAGUGUCACGGGUUCAAAAAUCAGGAGGAUUUGAGCUUGUCAAUUGGAUAUGCAAUUCGGGAGAAGUCAUAGAAAAACUGUCAUCAGACGAUUCAGUAUUCAAGGACUUCUGUGUGGAUUCGAAUUCGACAAUGCAAAGAGUACUUGGUCUUUCUUGGGAUUCAAAAUUGGAUCUAUUUUGUUUCAGAAUUUCAAAAUUCGAAGAUAAAUUUAGAUAUAGUAGACCAACCAAGCGACAAAUUCUGAAGACGGUAAUGUCAAUAUUCGACCCUUUAGGACUCAUUGUGAAUUUCACAAUAAAAGGACGUAUUCUCAUACAAGACAUAUGGCGAUCUGGGAUUGGAUGGGACGAUAGUAUAGACGAGGACCUAUAUCACACGUGGAAACUUUGGCAAAGCGAUUUGAGACAAAUAGAAAACAUUUCCAUCAUAAGAUGUUAUUCUGUGAAUAUUCCUGAAGCCAAUAAGAUAGAACUGCAUUUCUUUUGCGACGCUAGCAAGAAAGCAUACGCAGUAGCACCCUAUCUACGAGUUUUGACUAAAGACGAAAUAGAUGUAACUCUUGUUAUGGCCCGAGCGAGAGUAGCUCCAACAAAACCCAUUUCUAUUCCACGUUUGGAGUUGCAGGCUGCGGUGAUGGGAAGCAGGCUCGCAAAAACAAUCAAGGACACUUUGGAGACAAAAAUUGACGAAGUAUUUUUAUGGUCAGACUCUACUACGGUACUUUGUUGGAUCAAAGGUGAUGGAAGCAAAUUGGGACAGUUCGAAAGUCACCGCAUCGGAGAGAUCCAAGAAUUAACAAACAUCAACAAUUGGAAUUGGAUUCCCUCAAAGUUGAAUUCGGCCGAUAUUGCCACCAGAACCUACAACAAAGACGACGGCAAUAAGACGACCUACGCAAGUUGGUUUAAAGGUCCUGAUUUCUUGUAUGAAUUGGACAAAACCUUAUGGCCCAAGAAGAAUAUCGUGAGAUUGGAAGAUCUUCCAUAUGAAGAAAUUGAAAUAACAGCAGUUACUACAGAAGAAGAAUCAUAUCUUCCUGACAUCAACCGAUUUUCAAAAUGGACUCGGUUGAUACGCGUUACUGCUUGGAUGUUGAGAUUCGUAGAUAUUCUUCUGGACAGACUGAGAAGAAGCAACAGAGUUUUUCUUGGGCAGUUGGAAGUUUCCGAGAUUCAAAAAUCUGAAACCCUUUGGAAUAUCAAUGACAUAGUCAUCAUUGUUGAAGAAAAUUGUCCAAGAAGACAGUGGAAGUUAGGAAGAGUAGAGACACUUUAUCCAGUCCCUGAUGGACGAGUUCGAGUAGUGAGUGUCAGAACUAGUAACGGAGUAUUCAAGCGCCCGGUUGCAAAGUUGUGCAGAAUCGAGAUGGAAGAUGGCUAG